CAUCCACUGUUAAACCUCACCGAAGAAGAAGUGAGGUAUCGCUUGAAAGCUGUCAAGGGGGAAAGAAGCGAAAAGACGUCAACAAAACGAUCUAGCCACUUCACUCUGUCAAUCUUGGACAAGCAUAGAGGAAUGGGCUGUGGUCCCAUUAUAGUUGGAUCUACCCCUACUAGUCCUGAGACCACACAAGGAGCCCAGCCCCAGGCCAGGCCCGAAACAUGAGAUCUUUAACCGCUGAGUAAAGAAUGAGGCCUCAGCAACCCCACCCCAGAAACACCAUCACCACUACUACUAACAUAGUCUGUCACACACCUAUUACAACUUAACCCUCAACACAUGCCCCCUGCCCCAGAACCAGCUCUUGUAUCCCCUUCCCUUCCUCACCCAACCCCAUUCCACCCCCAACCCAAAACACCCCACAGAGCAGUUUAGCCCACCUCGAGACUUGAGUCACCAGCCAAUCAGCUCCUAGUAGGCCCUGUGCGCCUCCAUCGGCGGCCCUCCCCGGCGGUGUGUUGGUGUGCGAUGGCGCGGCGGGACGCUGAGGGCUGCCGCCGGGGAUUGUGAUGUCAGAGCCCGCCAGCCCGGGCGAGAGCCAGCACGGCGCUCCCAGAUUCUUCGUGGGCUGCGAGGACGAUGAGAGCGAGGGCCUGGAGGACUACGACGGCUGCAGCAUGAGGACAAACAUGGAGCUUUACGAGGACGACGAGGACACAGACUCGCCCCCGGAGAGACAGAUCGUGGUGGGGAUCUGUUCCAUGAUGAAGAAGUCCAAGUCUAAGCCCAUGACCCAGAUCCUGGAGCGGCUGUGCAGGUUUGAGUACAUCACUGUGGUCAUCUUCCCCGAGGACGUCAUUCUCAACGAGCCCGUGGACAAAUGGCCCCUGUGUGACUGCCUCGUCUCCUUCCACUCCAAAGGAUUCCCGCUGGACAAGGCAGUGAGCUACGCCAAUCUCCGAAACCCACUGCUCAUCAAUGACCUGAACACACAGUACUACAUACAGGACAGGAGGGAGGUGUAUCGUAUCCUGCAGCAGGAAGGCAUCGAUCUGCCACGCUACGCUGUGCUGAACCGUGACCCAGAUAAACCAGACGAGUGUAACCUGGUCGAGGGAGAAGACCAUGUGGAGGUGAAUGGGGAGGUGUUCCCUAAACCCUUUGUGGAGAAACCCGUCUGUGCUGAAGACCACAACGUCUACAUCUACUACCCCACCUCAGCGGGAGGGGGAAGCCAGCGCCUCUUCAGAAAGAUCGGGAGCCGGAGCAGUGUGUACUCCCCAGAGAGCAACGUGAGGAAGACUGGCUCCUACAUCUACGAAGAGUUCAUGCCAACGGACGGGACGGACGUUAAGGUGUAUACGGUGGGGCCUGACUAUGCCCACGCUGAGGCCAGGAAGUCUCCUGCCCUGGACGGUAAGGUGGAGAGAGACAGCGAGGGGAAGGAGAUCCGCUACCCUGUCAUGCUCACCGCCAUGGAGAAACUAGUGGCCCGCAAGGUCUGCCUGGCAUUCAAGCAAACAGUGUGUGGCUUUGACCUUCUCCGAGCCAACGGUCACUCCUACGUCUGCGACGUCAACGGCUUCAGCUUCGUCAAGAACUCCAUGAAGUACUACGACGACUGUGCCAAGAUCCUGGGUAAUAUAGUGAUGAGGGAGCUAGCUCCUCAGUUCCACAUCCCCUGGUCCAUCCCUACUGAGGCUGAGGACAUCCCCAUCGUCCCAACCACAUCUGGCACCAUGAUGGAGUUACGCUGUGUCAUCGCAAUAAUCCGCCACGGAGACCGAACUCCUAAGCAGAAGAUGAAGAUGGAAGUGCGGAAUCCCAUGUUUUUUGAAUUGUUUGACAAAUACGGCGGUUACAAGACAGGGAAACUGAAGCUGAAGAAGCCCAAACAACUGCAGGAGGUACUGGACAUAGCUCGCCAACUGUUGCUAGAACUGGGUGAUGGAAGAGAAGACUGCGAGAUCGAAGAGAAGAAAUCCAAACUGGAGCAGCUGAAGACUGUUCUGGAGAUGUAUGGCCACUUUUCUGGGAUCAACAGAAAAGUGCAGAUCACCUACCUGCCCCAUGGGCAGCCCAAAACAUCCAGCGAGGAGGAAGACACACGUAAGGAGUGCCCUUCUCUGCUGCUGGUGUUGAAGUGGGGAGGGGAGCUGACCCCAGCAGGCAGGGUACAGGCUGAAGAGCUGGGCAGGGCCUUCCGCUGCAUGUACCCCGGAGGACAAGGAGACUACGCUGGGUUCCCUGGCUGCGGGUUGCUACGGUUACACAGCACGUACCGACACGACCUCAAGAUCUACGCGUCUGACGAAGGCAGAGUGCAGAUGACCGCCGCAGCUUUCGCCAAGGGUCUGCUGGCGUUAGAGGGAGAGUUGACGCCCAUCCUUGUGCAGAUGGUGAAGAGUGCCAACAUGAACGGCCUGCUGGACAACGACAGCGACUCGCUCAGCGGCUGCCAGCACCGCGUCAAGGCCCGUCUCCACGAGAUCAUGCAGAAAGACCAGGAGUUCACCGAGGAGGACUACGAUAGGCUGGCCCCUACAGGUGCAGCCUCUGUGGUUAACUCUAUGAGGAUUGUGGAGAACCCUGUGAUGACAUGUGACCAGGUCUACACACUCAUCCAGAGUCUCACCUCCCAGAUACGCAAGAGACUAGAGGACCCCAAAUCUGCAGACCUGCAGCUGUACCACAGUGAGACUCUGGAGCUGAUGCUGCAACGCUGGUCCAAGCUGGAGCGGGACUUCCGGAUGAAGAGCGGCCGCUACGACAUCAGCAAGAUCCCGGAUAUCUACGACUGCGUGAAGUACGACGUGCAGCAUAACGACACGCUGGGCCUGGAGGACACACUGGAGCUGUUCAGGCUGUCCCGAGCCCUCGCCGACAUCAUCAUACCACAGGAAUACGGCAUUAACAAAGUGGAGAAGCUGGACAUAGCGUACGCCUACUGCCUACCUCUUGUCAAGAAGAUCCAGCUGGACCUUCAGAGGACCCACGAGGAUGAGUCAGUCAACAAACUCCAUCCACUGUACUCUCGAGGAGUGAUGUCACCAGGUCGCCACGUGCGGACACGUCUGUACUUCACCAGCGAGAGUCACGUCCACUCUUUACUCAGCACCUUCCGCUACGGAGGCCUGCUUGACGAGGAGAAGGACCAGCAGUGGAAGCGGGCGAUGGACUACCUUGGUGCCGUUUCUGAACUCAACUACAUGACCCAGAUAGUUAUCAUGCUGUAUGAGGACAACAACAAGGACCCGUCGUCAGAGGAGCGUUUCCAUGUGGAGCUUCACUUCAGCCCUGGGGUCAAAGGUUGCGAGGAGGAGGAGAAAGCACCAAUGGGCUUCGGCUUCCGUCCCGCUUCCGCAGAGAAUGAUGAGAAACAGACAGACCCUGGCAGCUUGGAGGAUCUAUCACGUGACGAGCCCGACCGGGCCCUACCACUCUCUGAGCCAAUGGGCAUCCACCGGAGAUCCCCUCUGAUUCGCAACCGCAAGACUGGGUCUAUGGAGGUCCUGUCGGAGACGUCUUCAUUCAAAGCAGGCAGCUACCGUCUCUUCCCCUCCUGCUCUCGCCAGUCCCCUGAGAUGAAGCAGAGUGGUCUAGGAUCUCAGUGUGCGGGACUCUUCAGCACCACUGUCCUGGGAGGCUCCUCUAGCGCCCCCAACCUGCAGGACUACGCGCGCACACACCGGAAAAAGUUCUCCUCAGGCAGCCUGUCCUAUAAAGACGGCUUUGAAGGCUGCUCCAUGGUGCCCUCCAUUUACCCACUGGAGACGUUGCACAACUCGCUGUCCCUCAAGCAGGUGGAUGAGUUCAUCACCGCCGUGUGUGAGACUGGUGGAGAUGCCCACUCCAGGACCACAAGAGCUCUGUCGGCCAUGUUUGACUCUCAGAACCAGCCAUUGGUGGACUCCUACAUGCCUCAGAGAGUCCUCUCCUCCUCCGUAUCCCCCCGACAGCGCUCUGACAGACCUCCCUGGUACAGCAGCGGUCCGUCCAGUACGGUGUCUAGCGCUGGCCCCUCCUCCCCCACCACGGCAGACGCCUCCCCCCAUUUUAGCUUCAGCGACAAGACGCCCUUCACCCCCCAGAACAGCGAGGAGAUCCACUCCUGCCAUCACAACACAGGCCAGCAGGCCCCUACUGCUGGCCCCCAAACCCCCAAAUUCUCCAAUCCCACCAGCCCCAUGGAGGAACCGACCACCCCCUGCCAGACACCCCCAGAAGACAAUCCUGAGGCCCCAGCCAGCCACCUGCCCCUGAGUGUAAACUCUGAAACAAGGCAGGAGGAGCCAGGCGAGUCCCCUGCUUCAACUGAGGCCACUUGCGGUGAAGUUCCGGACCUCAGCCCAUUGAGCCCGCCAUCUUCCCCACUGGCAGACCUCUCUCUGGGCCGUAUGGACGGAUACCUCCCCGGUUCUCUCCCGGUGCUCCUGGAGCUCAGAGAGAGUGGCAGUGAGGCAGGAUCCAGCGCACAGACGCCCCAGUCCCCAGAGGGGCCUGACGAGUUCUUUGACACCCAGGAGACGGUGGAGAUGUGGAGGGGCAGCACGGGGAGCCUCCCCCAUCCUGGGACGCCACUGGAGGUGGGAGCCCCUCACGCGUCAGAGGCCUAGGUGGGGGCUCAGAGAACCAGAGAAGGAGCCUAGGUCUUCUAAGAGGCUAGAAGGAAGUAAGGUAGAACUUCUAGGGGGCUGGAAGGAGGCUUCCAGGAAGCCCUUAAAAACUCUCCUCGGCCAGUUCCAUGUGGUGAACCCCCAGUGGAGCUUUCUAGUGACCUAGUCUAAGACCAAGGCCCUGUGGCUUGUAACUUAUGUCUGGUGAAUAGUGGAUCGGGCUGCUGCUUCUUAGUGCUUCUCUACCCUGGUCGUGUUCAUUAGGCACAGAAACAGAGGAAAAGGGCCUGAAAAAGGGAGAGACUUCCUGGACUUGUCCAUUAAGAUACGCGCAUUUUCUAUUUCCAUUACAAAACGUUUUAAAAUGUAAUGAACACGACCCCAGUCUCUAUCCCACAGCUGUCUGUGAACCAGCCGUUGUAGGAGAACUCAGUGUGACCAUAGAACUACCACCUAGUACAGUACAACAUCCUUAUCAGGACUGUCAUGUAUGGAUGUUUUUGUCCCGGUGUCCGAUAGAAAGCCUCUUGUUCUGAAGAGAAGCUUUAAUGUUGCUGAUGUAAAGUCUAUAAUGGGUGACAUCUUCUAUCCACUGAACAGCCCUCAGUGUGCACCAUUGUGGAGAUCUCGCCAAAUAUAACUGAAACAACAUUUCAAUUUGACAGGUGGGCUCGCAUAUUGCAUCAUGUACAUCGCUACAUACAUACCGUUUACUAUAGCUAGAAUUGCAGCAUGUCCACCAACUCAUGGACAUUGUAAAAGGAGAUGGUUUGAGAGAAAUCUCACUUCAAGUAUUGUGAGUAAUACGUUUAUUUUUCCUGCUGGGAAAUGUACACGUCAAAAUGUGUUUAUGUUGUGUUGCAAUGUAAUUUAAACACAAUUUCAUCAAGUUCGGCUUCGGCAAACACAAACAGAGCCGUUUUGAAAUGCGUUUUCAGUUGGCAACUUUAUUGCAAUAUAUUGAAAUCAUGGUCUUGUCACACAUUGAAAUGAUAAAUGCACCACAUGACUGGUCUGUGACAUUUCAUCAAACAGAAGAUGUCACCCUGUGUGUUUCCCCAGUUGUCCUAUUCUAGGCUCUCCUCUCCCUGUGAUGGUCUGUAUCACCGUUAAGGUCUGUUCACUUGAUAUGCGCCACAAAUGUAUUGCAUCGAGCCAACGAGCCACGGUAGGCUCUUUCCUGUUACCACGCUGCGCUCCGAGAUAAAGUCCAUUAAACUCUGAUCUUGCGCUGCACCCGACCAAGCAGCGCUACGCACCUUGUGCCAAUCAAGUGAACGGGCCUUAGAAACUCCUGACUAGCAGCUGAGGUCUUUUCUUAGGGGUAAAGAAGAUCUCCACUACAUGUGUGGUGAGAUUUAUUAUUUCCGUUUCCUCUUUUGAGAUUCAAUAUACUCAAAUCCUAGCCUGGUCCCACACUGCACAGAUGUAGGAUCUUAAUUUGAGCCAGUUUGCUACAGCAGAAAAAUCAUCCUGCAGGAACUGGAAAUGUGGAUUAUAAUUAAUGGACAUUUUUGUAGGGGGUCAUUUGAUACAUUUUUAAGUGGAAAUCACAAACUUCAGAAUCCUUUUUAAACAUCAAAUAUACUACACAAUUUACAUUUCCUGCAAUGAAAGUUCUCCUGCAACAUCGUGAUCAAAUGAAGAUCUUACAUCUUAUGUGCUGUAGCUAGCUCUUCUAUUGUUGUCAAGCCAUACAUGUUGUCACGACAAUGAACGCAAACACACAGGAGUUGGCUAAAGCACAAACGGACUGGAGCACCAGGCUACUAUCCCUCUAGCCCCGGUUUGAAAGCAUCCCCUAGUCACUUCCCCUAGCCCCUGAAGGACCUGCAUAGGAGGGAGCAGUACUCUACUGACUGUAAAAAUAAUCAACGUUUGAUUCGAUCACAACUUGUGCACUGAUUUUUUUUUUGCCAAAUUCCUUAAACCUCAACUACCACUUUAAUAUAAGUAAUCAUAUAGAAACCAUAUGACGAGAGAGAUCUAUAUUUAACUUUGAAUGACACCUAGUGAGGUGAUAUUUUUAAUGCAGAGCCAUCAGAUUUAUUAACCGUUUUAACUUGUAUCAUAGCAACUGUAUAUUUUUGUAAAAGAUCACCUCAAACAUUGCUGUAUUAAGCAAUCUUUUUUUUUUGACUGAACAAAAGAGGUCGGGGUAUUUUUGGAUGGUUCUCUGUGGUUCCAUUGCGUUAGACAGUUUUUGUUGCAGGGCCUGUUCUGUGUGUGGACUGUUAUCAGUGUGAGAGUAAAUGAGAUUCUGUAUUUGACUAUUGGGGUUGGCGCAGUCGUAUCGUGAUGUACUGUAGAGAUGAUUAUUUCUGUCACGUAACAAUUUAAUGUCAGUCAAAGAAUGAACAACACUGCUGCUGCAUAGAAGCAACAUUAACACUGUAAUCUGUCAUUGUUUCAGUGGACAUGUACAGAUGUGUGUCAAAAUCUAAACAAUGAAACUAUAUCUGAUUGUGUGUAAUACCUUUGGUCUGUGUCUCCGGCCUACAGUAGUGGUUAGUGUUGUCUGUUAAGUGUUUGCAACAUUUAAUCUGCAAUUCAGGAUGCUAAACUACACUGAAGUGCUGUAUCUGUUAGGUUUGGAAAGAGAUUGAUUAACCCUUUUUGAGUCAUCUUUUUGAAGGAGUUGGAAAGUGAGUAGAUAAAAUGAAAUAGCGUAAUGAAGAAUUCCCUGUUUAGCUGCUAUGCACUUCUAAACUCUUCAUGAACGCUUUUACGAAUGAAAAAUGCACUUAAAUGCUUUUGGAGCUCUCAGUGAUUUCAGACUUUUAACUUAAAAGAUUCAGCUGAGAAAACACACUCUGCUUUAAUUUCUAUGCUAUUUGCUGUGUGGGGUAAUCGGCUCAAUGGCUCUAUGGUUUCUACAAAUGCCGCUUUAUUUCUCUAAAGGAUGUUCCGAAUAAAAUGUCCUGUGAAAUGAUA